UGUGCCCGCAGGCUGCCCGCGAGCGAGGCGCCGCCCAGGAAGGUCCGAGAAGCCCGCCCCCGGAGAUGGGGGUCCUCCUUGCUUUCCUCCUGGUCCUGGUCCGGCCCGCGGCGAGCCGGGCGGCGAACGUCACCGCGAUCGGAAGACAAGCCGGCUUGCAGUGUCACGUGUGCGAGGUGGAGAACACGUUUGCGUGCAGCAACCCGCAGACGUGCAAGGAGAAUGAGCGCUUCUGCAGCACCUCGGCCAUACGCGUGCUGGUGCGCCACUUCAUGGUGUCCAGGCAGUGCGUCUCGCUCUGCCCGGUGCCCGUCCCCGAGGUGGCGUCCGAGCGGGGCUUCGUGCUCCUGGAGCCCACGCCGCUGCUGUACGUGCGCUGCUGCGACACGAGUCUCUGCAACCACGACAGCGUGAGCAUCAACGACACCGAGUGGGCCUACUACACGGGCACCGUCCCGGGCGCCGUCACGGGCGCCGCCCCGCCCGCCCGUGGCCGCCGCGCGGCGCUGGCCGCCCUCCUUGCGCUGGCCGCAGCGGCCCCGAGCCCCGCGCUGCCCUGA